ACAUGGUUCAGUGGUGGACUUGGCAGUGCUGGGUUAACAGUUGGACUUGAUGAUCCUAAAAGGUCUUUUCCAACCAAUACAAAUCUUUGGUUCUGUGGUUCAGCAUGAGCACGGUCAGACACUGGAACAGGGGCCCAGAAAGGCUGUGCAAUCUGCAUCCAUGGAGAUACUCAAAGAUGGACUGGACAAAGCCCCGGGCCACUUGAUUUAACCUUGAAGUCCUGCUUUGAGCAGCAGGGCUGGACAGGACCCCUCCAGAGUCCCCUUCCAACUUCCCUUAUCCCAUUAACCAACACUCCAGAGAAAGUCACUGCCACCCUGACCUGUCGGGUGACAUUCCUGGCUGCCAGCCUUCCUUGGGCUAACAAGCCGUGGUUGCCAGGGAGGUUGCCAGGGAGGCUGACAUCAGACAUCCCUUCCCUAUGGAUUAUCUCUCAGCAGCAGCACCAUCCGCUCCGAAUCCGCAAAGAGGCGGGAGGGCGCCCAGAGGGCACCCAGAGGAAGCCCCGGAGCCUGUUCUUUGCGUCACCAACCCGGGUUGCUUAGCACCACUGGGACCGUGGAGAGGGGGAACCAGCUCCGGGGGCUUGGUGGCUUUUGGUGUGUUUUUUUUUUCCCCCCCUGCGUGUCCUGUUUGAGAGCCAAACCUUGCCGAGGACGUAGCAGAGGAGCAGCUGAGGCGAUGGCAGGAGAGGCAGGGAUGCUCGAGCUGCCCUUCAUCCACGAUGACCAGCUCACCCGGUGCAUGAAGCUGCGGUUCCAGAGCCUGCAGGAAAAAAACAUCAGGCCCCAGGAUGGUGAGAAGCUGCUGCAUCCCAACGAGCACGUCUACCGGGUGGAUUUCAUCCGGCAGCGCAACCUGCGCUUCCUCCGCUGGAACGUCCAGCUGGAGAGACCUGGGAAGGUCACGGUGACCGGUACCUCCCAGCACUGGACUCCUGAUCUCACCAACCUUAUGAACCGGCAGCUGCUGGAGCCAGUGAGUAUCUUCUGGAAGAAGCCAGGAGCCGAGGAGGUGGAAUGCAACGAGGCAGACGCCCAGGAAUUUGGGGAGCGGAUAGCGGAGUUAGCCCAGAUCCGCAAGGUCAUCCCAGACUGGAAGGAGCAGGAGUGGAAUCCUGAGAAACCUGAGAGCUACGUGGGGAUCUUUCACUUCCAGUUCUGGCGCUUUGGCCAGUGGCUGGAUGUGGUGAUAGAUGACCGCCUGCCCACGCUCCACAGCCAGCUCAUCUACUGCCACUCCAACUCCAGGAACGAGUUCUGGUGUGCCUUGGUGGAGAAAGCUUAUGCCAAGUUAUCAGGCUGUUACGAGGCCCUGGAUGGAGGUAACACAGCUGAUGCCCUGGUGGACUUUACUGGUGGGGUCUCUGAGCCUAUUGACUUGACUGAAGGGGACUACAUUGCUGAUGAAGCCAAGCGAAACCUCCUCUUUGAACGGGUGCUGAAGGUACACAACCGAGGAGGCCUCAUCAGCUGCUCCAUCAAAGCCACGUCAGCGGCUGACAUGGAGGCCCGCCUGGCCUGUGGGCUGGUGAAGGGGCACGCCUACGCGGUGACGGACGUGCGGAAGGUCCGCCUGGGCCACGGGCUGCUGUCCUUCUUCAAGUCAGAGAAGCUGGACAUGAUCCGCAUGCGCAACCCCUGGGGCGAGCGCGAGUGGAACGGCCCUUGGAGCGACACCUCCGAGGAGUGGCAGAAAGUGAGUAAAAGUGAAAGAGAAAAGAUGGGGAUGACGGUGGAAGAUGAUGGAGAGUUCUGGAUGACCUUUGAAGAUUUCUGCAAAUACUUCACAGACAUCAUCAAGUGCCGUCUCAUCAACACGUCCUACCUGAGCAUCCACAAGACCUGGGAGGAGGCAGUGCUACAUGGGGUGUGGACCAGAAGUAAUGACCCCUUGAAGAACCGCUCUGGAGGCUGCAUCAACCACAAGGACACCUUUCUGCAGAACCCCCAAUACGUGUUUGAUGUGAAGAAGGCAGAGGAUGAAGUGCUGAUCUCCAUCCAGCAGAAGCCAAAAAGGACCAGUCGUAAGGAGGGCAAAGGAGAGAACCUGGCCAUAGGCUUUGAUAUCCAUAAGGUGGAGCUGAACAGGAACUACCGGAUGCACACCCUGCAGCAGAAGGUGGCCAGUUCCAUCUACAUCAACUCCCGCAGCGUCUUCCUAAGGACGGACCUGAAGGAAGGUCGCUACGUCAUCAUUCCCACCACUUUUGACCCUGGUCAUGAAGGCGAGUUUCUUCUCAGGAUUUUCACGGAUGUGCCUUCAGAUUGCAGAGAGCUGAUUCUGGAUGAGCCACCACACACCUGCUGGAGUGGGAUGUGUGGUUACCCACAAGUGGUGUCCCAGAUCCAUGUCCUCGCCGCAGCGGGGCUCAAGAAUCAGGACACCCAAGGAGGAGCUGACCCAUAUGUGAUCAUAAAGUGUGAAGGGCAAAAGGUUCGCUCUCCCGUGAAGAAGAACACGGUGUCUCCUGAAUUUGACGUGAAAGGUCUCUUCUACCGCAAGAAGCCAGGACAACCCAUCAUUGUUCAGAUCUGGAACCACCACUUAAUAAGUGACGAGUUCUUGGGCCAGGUGGUGCUGACGGGGGAUCCCAGCGACCGGCAGUCAGUGCACACCCUGCACCUCCAGGACAAGGGGAACAGGAGAUCCAACGAUCUCCCUGGAACCAUCGCCGUGAGGCUGCUCAGCAGUAGCACCCUCACCAACAUCUAAGCACUCAAGGACUCUUCUUCUGGUGCCACACAUGUAUAUAGACAUGCACACAUACAUAUAUAUACAUACAUAUAUAUAUACACGCACAGAGCCUACCUACCAUCUGCAGAGCAUAUAUGAACUAUGCAUGAAUUCCACUCAAAGGAGCCAAUCUUGUGUUUUCAAUGUUAAAAAAUGGUGCCUUUUUUUUUUUGGGGAACCACAACCACCCUUCUGCUGGCAUCCCCUGCAGCCCCCAUCGCCCCGUGGCAUCAACUGUGGGCACACUGUGUGUCCUGACAGCCAGAGCACCACGCCCUGGUGCUCUUUGUUUACACAGGCUGGCACACACGUGCCACCACGCACACGUGUGGUCACCACGGUCCCACCAGCUGCUUCAAUGCAUCUUCAAUGUGUCUUUGCUUGGUUUUAGAGUCGUGCGUGUGGAGUCGUCUCCUGUGAAACUGCCAUUUAAUUGCUUCUCUGUGAGGGCACCUCAGCAAAGAGGAGAAGUGGAGAUAAAAUAGAUUUGGGGGCCUCCUGGGUGGUUUCUGGAUAUGGGUUUGCAUAGUGCAACUGGAAGAAUAGUGCACCAAGGCAAGUCCCAAGUCCCAGAUCCACAGGGACAACAAGACCAAAGGCUCCAUCUUUUUAGGGACAAACUGUCUCAUCCCGAGUCUCGUUCAUCCCCGUGCAACUCGGAAGGAUACAAAGAAGCCAACAGCCAUGGUGGGACAACUGUUCCCUGGGGUCAAGUUUUUGAAUCAGUCUGGACUCAGCUCCUGUGUGUGCCUCUGGAACUGCCGUGGUGCCUGCUGUCUCCAUGUCUUCAUGCCAUCCCCGCCCCAGGAGCUCUCCUCAGUAGCUGGGGUGGGUUGUCUGCUGGGGCCGCUCGGUGUUCAGAUAAGAGGAGAUCAGUUCCUCUGAAGGCCAAAGGGUCAGGUCCAAGAGAUGGGGAGCUUUGCUGGGUGGGCUCCAUCUGUACAGCUGCACACAGUGCAUCAUUCUCAGUGCCUCACUUUCCCAAGCCCUUCUUAAAAACAGUGGGCUCUUAGCUUGUGCUAGAGGAGAGAAGAGCAGCACUGCUCCUGGGAAUAUUUAAUUCCUACUAGAGGCCACGCCCCACUUUUAAUUUCCAUUCUCCUGGCCUGGAGGAUGGGUUGCACGGUGCUAGAGCCAAUCUCACAAGCACAACCCACACUCAUCCUCGGGGCCACGUCUAGGGCCACGCUCUGCUGCUCUUUGCCAUGCAGACUGAGUUCAUCUCCCUUAUUCCACUGGGUGGCAGAAUCCAGCCUCUUAUAAACCAUCCCAGGUAAACCAAACAACAAACCCUUGCCUGGGCUUUCAGCAGCAGAUCAGGGCAGGUUUCAAAGCAUUUUUAUUUCUCCUCUUGUUAAAGUUUGUUUGGUUUGGUUGGGUUUUUUUAAUUAAUUUAUUCAUGUGCCUUUAGAAAUGGUGCAAGUUAAGGGAAUUUUCUGUCAGGUUUUCUAUCAAGCAAAACUUUUGCAGUCACCUGCAUGUGGGGGGAAAUGAAUAAAUAUGAUGUAAUCUUGGUAAAUUUUAGCCUGAGCAGAGUCCUCUGCCUGCAAGGACAAGUGAACAGAAAAGCCUUCUUUUGCUGUAGCAAGCAGGGUUUCUGUUUGUCCUACUAAAUGUCCACGUUUGUGCUGAAAGUCUGUAUUUUUGCUCAAAGUCCCUAAAGACCUGCUAGGUCUAAAGUGGUAAGGUGUUCCCCAAAGUCUCAUUAGCUGCCAGCUCCAUUCUUGGUGCAGAGAGUGCAACUCCAUCGAUUUUUGCAGGCUGCUGUUCCACUUUUAUCUUCAGAAUUUACCUCCUGUGGAUGUGAAUCAGGUUUUGGACCAAAAUGCUUAUUUUCCUAGGUCUUGUUUUUUCAGGGUUUCGAGGCAAGCUGUAGCCCAUGGGAUGCUCUUUCCAGGUCCCAUGUUUCCUGACUUGCACUGAGCAGCCUCCAAAUCCUGGUGCCAUCACUGGGACCUAGCUUAGUUUGGCAUCUUGCAGAAUUGGCUCCCAUGUUCCUAGUUUGAUAAAGUGAUAUUUUGACCCCAAGAUCAAAGCAAAUCCUUGAAUUCAGAGUCAGAGAUACGUUGAUUUUAUUCUGGUUUUAUUCAUGGGACUCGUGGCUGAAAAUAAACAGAAGCAGAAUUGUGGGGCCAGAAGGUAUGAUUUAGGUCUUAGAAGAGCUCACAAGGCUCAUAGAAUCGUGGAAUGGUUUGAGUUGGAAGGGACCUUAAAGAUCAUCCAGCUCCAACCCCCCUGCAUGGGCAGGGACACCUCCCACCAGCCCAGGCUGCUCCAAGCCCCAUCCAACCUGCCCUUCAACACUUUUAGGAAUGGGGCAGCCACAGCUUCUCUGGGCAACCUGUUCCAGUGCCCUCAUGCUCAGAGCGUUACGAGAAGGACUGUAAUGCCCAAAGAUACCUCACCUGGCAGGGAGAAGAGCUAUUUAGCUAAGGGAGAACAUCACAGGAACAUCACAGGAGCUUGACACCACCAUCAUCAGAUGGGGAUAGCCAGCCUGCUUGCAUUAGCCUUGUUUUCUCAGGAAAUCAGGCUACUGAGAGCUUCAGCAAACAGGAGCCCUUUGGCCAGGAGUGCCCUGACACGUGCCAACAUGCCCUGUGGUCCCCAAGGAACGACGCUGAACCUUGUUGAGUAGUGGUGCCUCAGUCCCCAUGGGCAGCCUCCUUCCUUCCUACUUGAGAGAAUCAAGCCAUAAUAAGAGGAAAGGCAGUUUUAUAAUAACUUCUCAUUGAAGAAAAAGAAAUCAUCAUGCUAUAGCAGGACCAAAAUGUCUUAAUAUUAUUCAUGUUUGUCCUUUUUUUUUCUUUUGAGAAGUUAAAACAGAAGCCUUCUUCUUCCUGCCUUUCAAAUGGAAUAUCAAAAAUGACCUUUUCUGCUGGUUUUCUGUGUGUCUUGUCUGUAGAGCAGAUGGGGGAGGGCACUUACUGAAAUGCCAUUCCUAACGUUGAUGCCUUUUCUCUUUGAAUGAAGCAAACAGAAAGAUUCAGGGUUGUUUUUCCUGUCUGAGGGGAGGGCAGGUUUGAUAAGCACUUUCCAGUCUCCUCCAGGUCGUGUAGGACAUGUCUCUUGAUUUGUUUUCUGUUUCUUCUGUUAAUCAUUUCAAUGAUUGCAGGUAGCCUGCCAUUAUACCCUUUUUCUUCUGGAUGUCUGCGUGUUACAACAGGCUGUGACUUGUCUUCAUCUCCAAAGGCACUGUCGUGCUGCACAAGAUCAGAGGGUGAUCCAAACAGAAAGCCAACCUUGUACAGCUGUAAACCUCCUAGAAAUAAAUUGUGUAUAUUUUAUUCAGA